GACUUUCUAGUAGACAUGUAGGUAAUAGGAUACCCGGGAGGGGUUUUAUAGUCUAAACAGGUAAUGAGUAGACAUAUCCAACAUUACGCUUGGUAUCUUCAACUUUGGGUCACUUAACGUUCAAUCUUGAAAGAGGUUAUAGAACGAAUAAAAAGAAUUUUAUUUUUAUGUAAAAUAAUUUAAAUAUAGUGAAACGAACGAAUUUUGCUUAUUUAAGAAACAACCCACGUCCAUUUGCAUCUGUACUCGAUACAGACGUGCCUGUGGUAUUUACACAACCCGUCAUUAAUUCAAGCAUUGAAUUACAGCUUAAACUUUUCACACAAAGACGAAAGAAGAAAAUUUAAUUAUUUUAUUAACAGCGGUCCUUGUUUUUUUUAAUUAAAACAUGUUUUCAAGAACAACAUCCAUUAUAAUCUAUAUAACCCUGGCUUUUCUCUUAUUGCACACUGCCAGGUCUGCACAUGGAUUUGUUACCACUUCUAAUGGAUAUGAAUCACUUCCUAUUGCUAUAAAGAUAGAGUGUCUGACCAUCACCAUAUUAUUUACCUUGUUGACUAUUUCCACUGCAGCUCCUUUACGCUGUAUAGUAUUGAGCAAGUGGACGACAAAAUCCGUGGACAAUUCAUACCUUUCCUAUAGGAUAAACUUCCUCAGAAUUAAAGAAUUGAGAGAUACUUACGUUCCGACUGCCACGAAAAGCUCCUAAGAUCGUUACUUCUAUCUCAUUGUACGCCUAAUUAAAUCUAUAUUUCAAGGAAAUUUAUUACAGAGAAACGCAAACAUAGGUGGAUCAAAAAUAAGUAUUGAAUGAAUAAAAGUAAAAUCCAUAUGUUGCUAUUUUAAAGCAAGUAUUUUAUAAUGUGUUUAGUGACAAAUUCAUGGUUCUGAUGAAUCAUAAUUCCUUUACUAAGUUGUCCAAAGCAACAUGAAUGCUUACAUCGUUUCUCGCACGAUCUAGUUCGGUUAGUUUCCAAUGUACAUUCAAAAAAUUUAGGUACUUACAAUGCUGUUUUGGUUAGCGUCUCUUUUCACUUUAUAAUAGUAACCACAAUAUGCAUCCGUGUUAACUAGGCGGAUGAAUUGUUCAUCAUGAGUGAUAAUGAUUAGUUGAAAGUUUGCUUGUCUCCUUCUAAAUUCGACAAUUUUAGAUAAGCUUUUAGCUAAGCUUAUGAUAUUGUCUUCAUCCAAGUUCGUUGUAGGUUCAUCAAGAGCUAGUAUUCCACAGUUAACACCUAAACACUCUGCCAAGGCAAGACGAAUUAUAAUACAGGCCAGAACUUUCUGACCAGCACUGCAACGGCCUCUCAUAUCCAAUUCGGCAUCUCCCUUUACCAU